GAAACGCCGGAGCCAGUUCAUGCAGAGACGCAGGAACCAGUCCAUGCAGAAACGCCGGAGCCAGUUCAUGCAGAGACGCAGGAACCAGUCCAUGCAGAAACGCAGGAGCCAGUCCAUGCAGAGACGCAGAAGCCAGUCCAUGCAGAGACGCAGGAGCCAGUCCAUGCAGAGACGCAGGAGCCAGUCCAUGCAGAGACGCAGGAGCCAGUCCAUGCAGAGACGCAGGAGCGACAUCUGUCGUCUGUGGUCUCUGACUUAUAUACUCACCAGUACGGAAAUGAGGUCCGCACGGGUGGCCCAUUCUCCGCGGUUUGGAUGGCGUGGAUGUACCCUCGUGUCGUUGUUGCUGGAAUUGUUUGUGCCGUCUUUGUCACGGUGGUUUGGGUGCUUCUGCUGCGUAGGUCGUCUUUCUCUCCACGCGGGGCUGGGGCUUUAUCUAUAAUGCGCUGGCAGCUGACGCGUGAUGAUCUUCUCUGGGAGGCGGUUGACGCGCGGUUUGCCCUUCUUUUGGGCGUCCUAUCUUCCUCUUUUGAUGUGUCACAUGCGCAGAGGCUUUGCCUUCGCAGCGUUGCUGAGGCGUACUUUGGCAGUUGCGAGUUGCACUAUGUAGACCUUGGGAACAGCAUUUCGAUGUGGGAGGACCUUGAGGGGCAGCUUCGCGGGGCGGAUGCACACUUUUCGCGACGUAUCCGCGAGUUAAAGUGGUCGCUUCAGCUACGCGAAGUUGCAUUGUUAGAAGGGCAAGAACGUGUGGACCUGUGUCUGGAGGAGCGGCGCCGCGCCAGUCAGCUCUGGGGACACAUACUGGAAGUGUUUGCGGGGCAGCUGGCGCACUUCAUGGCGUGCGAGCAGGCGAGGGCGGCUGCGGCCGUGGACGCCACUCCCCAUGCGGAUGCCGAAGGAGAUGCUGCCGCUAGCCAAGAGGAUGACAACAGUAACGAUACAGAGGAUGCAGGCGUGGCGCCAUCUUCGCGGGCUUCCUCCCCUCCACCCGCGACCCCGGCUAACGAUCCUCAUGCGGCGAACACGUUGCAGUUGGAGGAGAUGCUGCGCGACAUGUUACUGAAGGAGAACCAGGAAAAGCAUGUUCUUCUGCUUGCGCUCCAGUUACUGCGAGGCCGCCUUGCCGAGCGCGCGAACGGUAAGUUUGACACACCGCCAUUGUCUACCAACGUCACCGAGGGCAAUCAACAUGAUGGCAGCGGCCACCGCUCCUCCUUGCGGCGGAGCCCACUGCAACGAGACAUCCAGAACCGCGGGACCCGUUAUUAUGGGUCCCACUCACACGAUGCCGUCACUGCCUGUGAAGACGAGCCAAGGACUGGGGUUGGGCUAGCGCCCAGCUCCCUGCCCUCGCGUGCAAGUUCUUUCGGGCAGCGGCCAACCCAGUCGGCAUCUGUGUCAUGUGCCUCAUCUCCCCAUGUGGACGUUGUCGUUGAUGGUGCCAUAGACAUUGAAGCUGGUUUGAAACGCCAUGAGGAGGCCUCGGCGCCCUCGCCGGAGCAUCGAACAACGCAUUUUGGGGUUGCCACCGGAAAUGUCAGUGAAGCUGUGCCGGCCCAAAUGAGAAGUCCGAUGUGCAAUAUGCUUCCCGUUUCACCGUUGCCGUUUUCGCAGUCUGACGCCUCUGCAGAGAAUGUUUCCACGCUCCGCUUGGGAGGCGUGAGUCGUAUGAACACGAAGCUAGGGAAGGAAGCCGUACAUGCAAAGGGGAAUUGUUCGACCGAAUCUCCAGUGAAGCCGGCGACGAUGCGGCGUGGCCUCCACGCCACACGCCUUUACCGCGGAAACGACUGGUCGGACCUUGGUGCCCAGGAGUAA